AUGCGCGACACAUUAAAGCAGCAACACUGCGCCUCCGCCCCCCUCUCCCCCAUGCUGCAAAUGCCGCCAACAGCUCCGGUAUCCCCCUUUGAAGUCCAUCCAGCCAGGAGCGGCGCAGCCGUCUCCUCCUCCCCGCACGGUAGUCUCCACCUGCACGCCCCACAGCAGCAGCAGGAGUUCUGUGUCUCGCCUGCGCCUACACCGGACGACGUUGCUGGUGACGGCACCGUGGCUGCAACCCAAUUCCGCCUCGGCCCCGGCACCAGCCCCAACGCUGCCAUCGACAUGUCCGGGAUGGAGGUCCCCGGGCCGGUCUUCCAUCCGGACCUCACGCGCAGCCAGGACGUGCAGUCGCCGUCCAAUGGGGACGUGCAGAAUGACCAUGAUGAACGGCAACAGCAGCAUGUCGUCGUGCCGGGCGAUGUAGGGUCUUUCGGGCAACUAGACCAGCCGGCUUACGUGCAGCAGGCUCGCCAUCACCAAGUCAUACCGGUACCGGAUCAGCAUGGCCAAUUUGGCAUUCUGACGCCGGGCCCCGCAAUCCCUGAUCAGAGUGCAACUGGGACAGCGGAAUCUCUCAUUGGGCCCAGCGGCUUCGUUCCCAUUGAUGGCACCACCGCCCCCGGUUGGAGGCCGCACGGUAGUCUCCUUAGUAGUAAAUGGGUUAUGGAUCCUCCGAACCUCGACGAGUGGCGUCAGAAGCUAUUUGACGCAGACGGUCUCAUCAUUCUUACUCACGAACAAUUUGAAGCCUACUUCCCGCACAUAGACAACGUCUAUUCCCACAGGUCCACACAAACGUAUAAGAAGAAGCCCUUCAUUUCGCACUACUGGGACUGCCGCCUCAAGGGUCGGCCACCAGGGACUAAGAAGUCGGACGACCCCAACAAGAAGCGCCGCAACCGUGUCUCGCGCAAGCUCAAUCUCUGCGACGUCAAAAUCAAGAUCACAGAGUACUUUCCUGGCGCAACGCUUCACGACGUAGAUGAUGGCACUUAUGGGCCUCUCAAUGGGGAGCAGAUCCUUAACGGCGCCCACACCGUUCUCGCACCGCCAGGCGAGAGGGAUCUGCGGGUCGCGCCCGCCACGUCGAGCAAUCUGCCGGCGCCGGGGCACAAGUUCUGGACAAUUCAGAGGGUGAACGGCCAUAUUAGCAUCAGCGGAACCCCCGGGCCACAUCAACAUACGCUGGCGAAGAGCGACGAAGUGAAAAGGAAUAGUAUCCAGCGAUAUCUGGCCAAGCACAAGAACGAAACUGAUCUUGUUAAGAACGCCGGACCUAUGAAAGCGACCGGAAAGGCGCAUUGGACAGUUAAGAAGCGUGAAAAGGAGAGCGACUUGAGGCUGUAUUCAGCGUGUUACUGUCCUUUUUCUCAGCGUGUCUGGAUCGCCCUCGAAGCAAAGGGACUUCAGUACCAGUACUGCGAGGAAGACCCGUACAAGGCGCCUGCAUCACGGGAGCUGCUGGAGGCCAACCCGCGGGGGACUGUACCUGCUAUACGGCAAGGAGAUUGGGCUUGCGCGGAAAGCGGUGUCAUAUUGGAAUAUAUAAACUCCCGUCUGGUACCAGCUUUCUACCGCCUUCUCCGCGAACCGGAGCCCGCCCAACAACCACAAAACAUCGAGAGACUGCAGGAGGCCAUCAAGGAUCUCGUCCUCGCCGCCGAUGAGGAGGGGCCCUUUUUCCUUGGAAGCAGUCUGUCUCUCGUCGACGUUCACUUCGCCCCCUUCGCUGUCCGCCUGUCGCGCAUUCUGCAAUUCCGCUGUGGCUGGACGGCGCCCACGCCGGGGUUACGUUGGGCUAGGUGGUUCGAUGCGCUGGAGAACAAUGUACACAUUCGUGCUACGACGAGCGGGAGGGAUGUCUAUGCGGAAACCGUUGAGCUCUUACAAAUCGCCUUGGAUCGUGAGGGACGCUUGAGUUUUUGA